AUGGGUUUGAAGAGUGGCUCUUCCCAACCUUCUACCGUGUCAAGGAAAGUUCCUAGGAAGACAAAGACAAGAUACCCAGCAAGAAAGACCUACAUGUCCAAGGUUCAAAACAAAGAACCCACCAAUGUUCCUCUCUGUGAGGAUGUUACUGAUGAAGAUGAAAUCGAGGCUGAAGACUCUCCUGUGAAAUCGCCUCCGGAUGUUGUGCCUGAUGUUGAGACAUCUGAGUCUAAGGUUUCUGCCAAAGAAAAUCCUGAAAAGGAUUCCACUUCUCAUGAAUAUUCAGGUGAUGCUACUCAGCCUGCUAUCUCUGUAUCAUCCUCUUCAAAGGAUGUUGAUCCAAAGAAUGGCAAUUCUGAGGAUACCAAUUCUGCAGAGUCAACCCAUGCUCCAGCCCCUGUUCAGGACAUCUAUGAUGAUGAUUCUGAUGAUGAGCCCCUGGUUAAGUCCAUUCCUAAUAGCGUUGCUGCCAGAAUGAAAAGAAAAAGAAGGGUCUCUACUCCAGAAGUCACUCCUACUCCACCAAAGAGAUCCAAGUCAUCUCCUGUAACCUACAAAUCUAGACAAGCGAGUGUGAAGGAUAAGGGAAAGCAAAAGUCUGUCAAAACUCCAAGUGAGAAGAAGAAAAGAAAGAUUCCAGUUGAUGUUGCAGAAUCUGAGUCAGAUGCUGAAGCCGAUGAUGUUAUUGCUCUUAUUGAGAAGGCUGGUCUGAUGAAGACAAUUCAGAAUGUUGGAAGGAAGGUUUUUGUGAGGGCUGAAUGUGUUGUGUUCUCACCUGCUGUGAUAAAUCAAGCACUCGGAAGAAGUGCUAUUGAAUUUGCUGAUGAGGAAGUCUCCAUGGAUGAUGUUGCCAAUGAACUUACUGUUGGUCAUGUGAAGAAGUGGCCCAGCAAGAAGUUGUUGUCCACUGGGAAUCUUACUGUGAAGUAUGCAAUCCUUAACAGAAUUGGUGCUGUGAAUUGGCUACAAGAAGAAGAACGUCAAGGUGGUGAGCAAAGUGUUGCUGCUACAGCUGCUCAGGAUGAGAGUCAUGAAGAGCAGGAAGGAUCUGAAGAGAGUGCAGAAGAGUCUGGAGCGGCGUCCAGUUCUGAAGACUAG